UGAGCUCCUUUCAGUCUUUACAACGGAGCCCCAGCGCCCCGCCGCGUGCACAGGGGCCCGCACCUAUUUAAUCCGCCAGUCCCCCCAGCGACGGUCACACGACGUCAGAUCAGGCCGGAGACAGGUAUAUAGCCAGGGCUUCGAUACAAGUAGCAGCGUGUCACUCGUUUCGUUUACAGUCACUUUGUUAUUGUUGUUCUCAUUAACCUUAAAAAAAUCAAACAUGGAGGACAUCUUCUUUGACUUUGAACAAGAUGCAACCACGGACUACGCGUUCUGGGGUCAGAUGGACCCCAACUUUCAGUUCCAGACCCAGCUGGACACCCUGCUCUUGGACUGCAACACGGUCUCCGGACAGCUCUCUCCGUGGUCCUCGUUCGGCUGUCAGUCGGUAUUCCCGGACGAGCAGCUGACCUUCACCGAUCUGGACUCCCAGUCGCCCGGCCUCGGCGGCGGUACGGAAGCCGACAGCUCCUCGGGGGACGAGAACGUCGAGAGCGGCACGCGACGCUCGAGGCGCCUCUCGGCCCACCCCCCGUACAAAAUCCAGAGGCACGCCGCCAACAUCCGGGAGCGGAAGCGGAUGCUGAGCAUCAACUCGGCCUUCGAGGAGCUCCGGUGCCACGUGCCAACGUUCCCCUACGAGAAGCGGCUGUCGAAGAUCGACACCCUGCGGUUGGCCAUCGCAUACAUCGCCCUGCUCCGAGAGAUUCUCCUGUCGGGAUGCGACCCCAAGUCCUACGUUGACGAGUGCAUGAAGAACGGCUACAAGAACCAAACCAACGCCAUCUGGAACACGAGCGAUCUGACAGCCCGCCUAUCCUGGAUAAAGUGGGAUUAACCUCAGCGAGGGGCACCCCUAAAGUGCGAAGAUUGAGGGGGGGGGGGGACUGUUGUUCCCUCCCCCUCACCUCUCGCUCUUUCUCUUUCCGGACGUGCGAGAGGGAGAACCCCAUCUGUAGACUUCUCACCAGAUCGCCCCCCUCCCACUCACCCUCGGUUUCUUAUCUUAUUCUAAUUUGUUAUUGACUGGUAAUUGAGAGCCAUUGUCUUUGGGAUGUCUGGAGGGGUGGGGGGUUCUCCCACUUAUCUCGUGGGAGAGAGGAGUGCAAGAGGUACCCUGGGCUCUGAAUGCACUUCCGAGGGCUCUCUCUCUCUCUCUCUCUCUCUCUCUCUCUCUCUCUCUCUCUCUCUCUCUCUGUGACUAUCUCACUCUUUAGCUCGCUCGUCCUCCCGUGCUUAAAGGAGUGAAGCGUUUUCUUGGUUAACCCACGCGGACACUCGCCCGUCGAGUGCUUCUCCGGGUGCAAGUGACAGGGGCGGCUUGGAGAUGUAAAUGAGGUGCCGUGUGUGAGAAAUGGAUCCGUGCCUGCAGAGCUGUGACAUCAUCAUCUGCAGCCGCACGCCAACCAUUUAGCAAAGCUUGUGACCUCAUGAACAUUUCACGUUCACUGAUUUUAUUGAUUUUAUUUAUUUUUUGUACUUGACUUGUCUCAUAUUUAUGUUUAAAUUAUUAUUUAUUUUAUUCUGUGUAUUUGACUUGACUUUUAGAAUAUCCAUGUCCUUGUGUGAAUGUUAUGAAUGACUGUUUUGACCUCUGACAUGUUAUUGAAGCACAAGAGCAACAAAGGUCACGAAACAUUUAUUUCUCUUUAAAUAAACAAAGCUUGGUACUGGACAAAGGACAUAAUGUUUUACAAUGUCUAAUAAAUGUGAAUAAUAAUCCAGAAAUGUCAUUGAAAUACUGAACUGUUAACAGAGUAGAUGAUAGCUGCAAUAUUAUACAGUACUUUCAAACAAAUCAACAGCCAAUACAAGACAGUUGGCAUUUAACGAGAAACAAUUAUUGAAAAUAAAGAAUAUAGUCA